UUCUCAAAUCUAUUUUUUUAAAAUUAUUUUACAUUCUUUUCCACAGCCCUCUGUAGCCUCAGAAAUGACAGGCCAGUCCUUCUAUGCGGCAAGCAGUGCCAGUAUGUAUGGUGGCUUUUCUCGGUCAGUAUUUGGUUCUGUGUCUGGCCGAUCAUCUCCAGAAUCUGUCAGUGAGGAUCUAGCUGAACCAAGCUCUGGUUACCAUGACAAAUUUGCAACUUCACUUGGAGACAUUCAGACACGUCCCACGUUUGUUCGAGAGGAACUUACAGAGGCAGAUCUGGAUAAAAUGGUUCACCUCACACUCUCAGAAACAGAAACUAUUUGGAUGCUGGAUUUUCCAGGCACUUGUGUUGCAGAGGACAAUGAAAUCGCAGAGAGUGUGAAAGAUAAGAACCAAAGAUAUGAGGAGCUUUUAAAGAAUCGUGUUGGAAAUGAUAGCUAUGUGGAGAGAGGGAUGCAAACUUUCAACAAUGGCCAGAAAAGUAAAGAAAUACAGUCCAACAAGGUGGAGCUACAUGAGGUUGGUUGUGUAGCUACAAAUUGGGAUAUGUAUGACACUUAUAACUCUCAAGAAAACAAUCAAGAAGCUGGCGAGAAAGACGAAGGAGAUCACGAUCACCUGGAGAGUCUUAGUCGUCCAGUCAGUGGAGAAAGAAGCAGUCAUGAUGAUAACGACAGUGUCGGCUCUGUUAGACCAGGAAGUGCUGCAUCUAGCAAUAUAACAGGGAGUCGAGCAAGUAUGUUCACCUUUAAAAGCAGUUCAAUUGAAGAAGAAGGCGCCGACAGACCUGAAGAUGGAGCUACCGAGAAGGAGAUGGAGGACCUGGCUGCAAUUCAGGCUGAAAGAAUACUCCAGUCUGAGAGCAUGCAGAAGGAUUUGUUCGUAAUGGAGAGAGCCAUAGCACUGAAUAUCUAUCAACCAAGACAAGCGAGGUACAGAGGUCUGGAUAUAGUACCAGACAUUGAUGCUGAGAAAUCCGAAGGUGAGGAGGCGAAUUCUGCCGCAGUUACUUUGGCUCAGCUGGGUCCAAACCUUCACAAGUUAUGGAGUUACUCUUGUAAUCUGACAAAGGGACGCAAUGUUAGCUGCCUGGCCUGGAACAAACUCAAUCCUGAUAUCCUUGCAGUGGGUUAUGGAGAGUUCGUGUUUUCUGAGCAGAAAGGUGGACUGGCCUGCUGUUGGUCGAUCAAAAACCCUGAGUUUCCUGAACGUUUUUUUCAUCUGGACAGUGGAGUAACAGCUGUGGAUUUCUCAGCUGCUCAUCCCAACCUUUUAGCUGUGGGCAUGUACGAUGGUACGAUUGCUAUCUACAAUGUACGAAGCAGGAGUGGAACACCAGCUUUAGACAGUUUUGAGAGCCAAGGGAAACACGCCUCACCAGUGUGGCAGGUCCGCUGGGUGGACAGGGAUCAGGGGUCUGGGGAAGAGCGAGAUGAAAUCCUUAUUUCUAUCUCAGCGGAUGGCCGGGUUACCAAGUGGUCUAUCAGAAAAGGAUUUGAAUGUACAGACCUGAUGAAGCUGAAGCGGGUUAAUGUAGCUAAAGAGUCCAAGGCUGGUGGAGGAAAGAAGAGCGAUGCUCUCAUUUCACGAUUCGCUGCUGGAUUCUGUUUUGAUGUUCAUCCAAACGACUCUAACAUGUACCUUGCAGGCACAGAGGAAGGUCAUAUUCACAAGUGUUCCUGCUCUUAUAAUGAACAGUAUCUGGAAAAUUAUCAUGGACACACAGGUCCCGUGUAUCGCUUGCAAUGGUCGCCAUUCUUGUCAGACGCGUUUCUUAGCUGCAGUGCCGACUGGACUAUUCGGCUUUGGCAUCAGGAAAAGCCUCAGUCUGUUAUGUCAUUCUUCUCCUCCACUAAAUCUGUAAAUGACAUCUGUUGGUCGCCAUCUUCGGCCACUCUCUUUGCUUGUGUCAACGACAAGGCCGUGGAGAUCUGGGAUCUAAGCCUUAACACGUUGGAUCCUAUCAUAUCACACGUGCCUGUACAGGAACUGAAGUUGUCAGCUGUUCGUUUUGCUGUCGAUUCCCAGAUCCAGACCAUUUUAGUCGGCGACUCGGAAGGCCAGGUUACGGUGUAUCAACUGAGAGGUCUCACUGCACAAAGCGACAACCAGGCGCAGAUUUUGACCAAGUUAAUCAGGUCUGUCGAUAACUCUGCAGGAUCACCAGGCAAAAAGAAAGCAGACACAGAUUGAAAAGUAAAUAAAUAAAAAAUAAUCCUCGACAGGAGAGGCUCCUGUCCUCGAUUGUGACAUUGCUUGAACAAGACAUACGUCAACGCGAGUCGUACGAAGCCGUCGAUAUUAGAAGUCGAUAAUUUGUUCACAAAAUGGGUUACGUUCGAAUUGUUUAUUCGUACCGUAGAAGAAAAACUACCACGCAAAAAGAAGCGAAUUUUAGAACAUUCGUAGCCAACCAAAAAGGUUAGUAAGGUUUUAUGUGCACAACAAGAAUGGUUUUUAAAGUUAACAACAAAGUAACAAUCUACGAGUGGUUUGAAAACGAAGUCUUCAUAUAAGAUUGAAAUCGCGAGAAACUUCCCAAUUCACAGAAAAAAAAACGUUUGUACAAAAUUCAGAAUGUAUAAUUUAUUUAUUUUAUAAAAAUGUAAGUUGAUAAGACUUGUAAUAAAAGAAAUGACUCUG